UACCCCUCCAAAAGACAUCAAGAAGGCCGGGUACUCAGAACUGCAUUUUGGCCUGUAGGCCGAAACCACAGUCAGAGACCUGUCCCCCACCCGCAGGCGAAGGGACACGACCUUCUUGUCCACUGGUGUGAACUUGAACACUUGGCGGUUGACCUGGAGGCUCACGAGUAAGCCCACCCCAGCCCGCCGCCUCGCACCAUGGGCAACUCCAGAGUGGUAGAGAGUCCAGCCUCUCUCGAGGGACUGAGUUUCAGAGGAUAGGCUGUGUGUAGAGGUGAGGCCAACUAUGUCUAGCUGGUAUCUCUCAACCUCUCACACGAGUUCAGGCUCCUUCCCUCCCAGAGAGGUGACAUUCCAUGUCCCAAAACCCAAAUUCCAUGCCCGAGCUUUGGACCGCUGAGGCACUCGCCUUCGACUGCCGCCCAAACCACCAGCCCCUUCAGAUCUCUCCUGCAGGUGGUGGGCCCACUGGCGAGUGAUCCCUCGUCGCUCCUUUAGGUUGGACCCGACCGGGGCCCGUGGGGAACACAGUCGAAGAAAGUGAAGACGUUCAUGGAUCUAUAUAUGUAUCAGAAUUGGAGCAGAGAAGGGAGAGUCCCGAUUUGAAUAAAUAAAUAGUCUAAAUUGCAGUUUUGAUCGUUAACUCUUUCAUGUCCUCCAUCAUGACGAAAUGCUACAGAACAUGUUAAAACACCAUUUUUGUUGAAGUGGGUCUUUAAUGGGAAGCUGUUGUGUAAUGGUUUGAAGGUGGGAGGAGUCAUGUAUGAUAGGUGGAGCUUUUAGAUUAUUACUGUUGAUGCAUGAAGAGAAAAAUAAUGAUUAAAGCAAAUUCCUUCUGAUUCGUGAGUUAUUUGGUGGGAGGUCCGUGCAUAGCUGGAAAUGAGCGUUACUGAAACGUGGAGAACUGUUGGUGCAGCUUUUCUGUCUGUCAAGUGAAUUUGGAUCUACGGCCAGAAAACUGGAGGUCUCAACAUCUGUCAGCAGUUUCUGCAGCAUGAGCAUCUCUGCUGCUCAGUUAAUUAUAGAUCCAGUGGGUUUUGUGUUCUUGGGAUGAUGCUCGGAUUCUCCCUCCUCCAAACAGCGAGUGACGUUCAUACCUGUGAAGAACUUUAGACGGGUCUGAGAUCAUUAGUGAUCUUCUUCCAUAUUCUAAUAACAGUCGGCCUCUUCUCUCCAAGCUGCAGUUGAUUGUAGAUUGGUUCAUCCCAGUCUGGUUCAGGUCUACUAUCAUGUCCCUGGUAUCUUGCGACAGCUCUUUGGGCAUGGUGGAGAAGCUGCAGUCUGAACUGGUUACCUGUAUAAAGACACCUGUCCACACUCUGAAACAGUCAGACAGGUGACACUCAUACAGGUGAUUAGCAGAGGACACAAGAGCUUCAUGAAGAAGAAACUGGUCUGGAGGAACAGAAUUCCUGUCUGUUUUUGAGAUAAAUCCUUAUUUUCUGCUCCGUUAUACAAAGAAAUUCUUGGCUGUCACGUUGAAGUAGAUCUUCCUCAGUGAAAGCAAAGCUUCAGUACGAAUGGACUCCAUCUUGUACGAGGUCUACGAAUAAAGGUUUAUGAAAACUCCAGACACUUUCUGGUGAGCAGUAGAGUGCUUGUGGGGGGGUCCCUUAAUCACUGCACUGUAGAUGCUGAAGCAGGUCAUUGUGGGUCGGAAACUAGAAAACUUUUCUUCCAGUUUCAAAUCUUUAGGUCCAACCUUUUUCCAGGUGAACCUUCUCUAUUUCGAUGAAGUGGAUGAGCAGGACACUCAUAUUAACCACAUGCUCUCUUUUCAGGGGAGGCUGAAGAGUGCUUCUCACAGUGAUGGAACUCAGCUCAUCUUUAAUGCUGCCAAAGAGCUGGGUCAGCUGUCCAAGCUGAAGGAGCACAUGGUUCGAGAGGAGGCCAAGGCUCUCACGCCCAAGCAGUGUGCAGUGAUCGAGCUGGCUCUGGACACCAUCAAGCAAUACUUCCACGCCGGCGGUGUGGGUCUGAAGAAGACCUUCCUGGAGAAGAGUCCCGACCUCCUGUCCCUCCAUUACGCGCUGUCACUUUACACGCAGGCCACCGACAAACUCGUCAAGACGUUUGUCCAAUCCCAGAAUGCUCAGGUGUUCGGCGGGAAGGGGGUGCGCUUCACCGCUAGUGAGGAUGUGUACCCAGAGAAGGGUUCUGGGGUGGAGGAUGCUGUGGGGGAGGUGUCCAUCCACGUGGAGAUCUUCACCCACCCGAACACCGGCGAGCACAAGGUCACUGUCAAAGUGGUGGCUGCUAACGACCUGAGGUGGCAGACUCAGGGCAUCUUCCGGCCCUUUGUGGAGAUCUUCAUCAUCGGACCUCAUCUGAGCGACAAGAAGAGGAAAUACGCCACCAAGUCCAAGAACAACAGCUGGGCGCCCAAAUACAACGAGACCUUCACCUUCACCCUCAGUAACGAGGUGGGCCCCGAGUGCUACGAGCUGCAGGUGUGCGUGAAGGACUACUGCUUCGCCCGGGAGGACCGCACCGUGGGCAUGGCUGUGCUGCAGCUGAAGGACGUGGCGUCCAAAGGGAGCGUGGCGUGCUGGCUGCCGCUGGGAAAGCGCAUCCACAUGGACGAAACGGGCCUCACCGUGCUGCGCAUCCUCUCCCAGCGCAACAACGACGACGUGGCCAAAGAGUUCGUCAAGCUCAAGUCCGACCAGCGCUCCGCCGAGGAGGGGCGCAGUUAGACCCCGCCCACAGGCGGGGCCUCCCAGGUGGAGCCUUUCAGAGUCCCAGAAGGACCCAGGGUCAACGCACACAGAAGAAAAGAGUCACAGCCGGGGCUGGAGAGACCCGUCUGUCGGGGGAGGGGGCAGACGGAACCACACCCUCUACCAGAAAGCCCCGCCCCCUAAUCCUUACUGAGACUGAUGUCAGGAAGAAUCUCCUCUGGGUUCACAUGAAACUCUUGACACACACACAAACACACACACACAGACACACAAACACAAUCACACACAAACACACACAAUCACACAGACACAGACACAAACACACAGACACACAAACAGUCAUUUCUUCAGCGUCGCUCUUGUGAGAAAUGUUGUCCUGCGUCAUCUCAGGGUUUGUUUUCCUCUCCUCCUGCACCUCCUCUCUCCUCCUGGUUUGUGUAGAGAAGGAACCACAAGUGCCGGAAAACAAUCCCAGAGAAACACCACGAGCGAACCCAAGCACAACCGGGCCGGGGUCCGGGUGACCCGGGAAAAGAAACGGCUGCACAACCCAAACAUUCCAGAAAUCUCACAGGGAACAAAGAAUUCUAGUUCAAGUUCUUUUGAUUCAGGUCUAGUAGAGUAUAUUUCUAUGUUAAUGAUCUCUAUCCAAACGGUUGGAGACAGAGAGGAUCGUCUGACGGAGAUGAGAGAACGAUUGUCUUUGUGUCCGUCUACCCUGUAACACUGCCUGAUACCCACAAUGCCUUCUGUCCUGCUGACCCCCGACCUGACUGGAUGUGUGAGUCGGCACAUGUAUGUAGACGAGCGUGUGCACGUGUGUAGAGACGAGCGUGUGCACGUGUGUAGAGUCGUGCGUGUGCACGUGUGUAGAGUCGUGCGUGUGCACGUGUGUAGAGACGAGCGUGUGCACGUGUGUAGAGA